CUAAAACUACUGUCCUAAAUGAAUGUCGUUUCUACACGGUGACUGUACGACAAGGAAAGAAAAUAUACGACAAUGGAACUGCAAAGCCAACAAACGACGUGGGGGGUUGAAAAUCAAAGAAGAUAAGGCCCUAGCUACUUGCUAUCUCCUCCCAAAAUCGUCUUUUGCAUGAAGCGGAAAAAUGGGGAGCUCUGCAAAACUAGGGUUGGAGAUGUUUGAAGUUGGACCCUGUGAAGAUGCUUACACAAUGGGAUUCCUAAUUGGCCAGAGAUUUUCAGACAUGAUAAAGAGCAGGCUGGCCUCAGACCUCAUUCUUCACAACCAACUCCUCCCCUUUGCUCAAACCCCAGAGUUUCAGCCACUUCUCCAGUCUCUAACAGAAAAUAACCGAAACAAGUUUCCGAGAUAUUGGGAGGAGCUCGUUGGCACUGCGGAUGGAAGUGGAGUUCCAGUUCUUGAUGUAAUAACAAUACACACUUGGGCGAGUUCUGAGGAUAAAAGUAGUUACUGGUGCUCCAAAAUAUUCAUAAUACUAAUCAACUUCAGAAAGGAGAUUCUUCCGCUUCUCCCAAAGACCACGGCGAUGAAUCAGAAUAUUGAUACGCUGGAUGACUGCUCGGAUGUUCUUGUUGUUAGUGAUUCCAUGGCAGUUGUGGCACACAAUGAGGAUGCAAAUGUUGCCCUGGUUGGCCACACCUACUUGAUAAAGGGGACUCUGUCAAAUGGGAUAUCAUUCAUGGCUUACACUUAUGCAGGAGAGCUCCCUAGCUGUGCAUUUGGGCUCAACACUCAUGGACUGGCUUUUACGCUGAAUUCAGUUCCCCCGUCGGAAAAUGAGAUUGUUGCCGGAGGCAUUGGGAGGAACUUUGUUUCACGGGACCUCCUUGAAGCAUCAAGCAUCGACGACGCAUUAUGUAGAAUUAAAUCAUCAGAAGUAUCUGUUGGACAUAGUUACAAUUUGAUCGAGACGAGGACACGCAAAAUUAUGAACGUAGAAACUGCUUCAAGAAAACGGGUUUCGAUUUAUGAGGUUGGAGCAACACCAUUCUUCCAUGCAAACAUGUAUCUCCAUCUCCAAGUUAAUCAGUUGCUAGAUGAAAACUCAAUAGCAAGGCAAAGCAGAGCAGCUGCGCUACGUAAAAGAUCGAAAGACAAUUUCCUAUCUCUCCUAGGAGAUACGGAUGACCCGAAAUAUCCAAUCUACAUGAUAGGUCCAUUGCUUUAUACACUAUGCACGGCCGUGAUAGACUUGGACGAACAAACACUGUCGAUAGUUGAAGGGAACCCGAGAAAAGGAAAAAUCUCUCACAUCUUCUCUACGUGCACGGAAGAUUUCAAGAUGCCAUAACAAAUGCUUCAAGCAGCCUACCUACAUCUAGUUGCAUAAAUCAGACAUGAAGCUCCUAGGCAGGUUCGUAGAGGCCUAACAUGUGCCCGUCAAUACAGCGCAUGGACGCAACCUGGACAGGAGAUAUUAUUAGGUCACACAUUGCACCCACCGUAACAACAGUAGAAAAUUGAAGUUUAUAUUAAAUUUGUUGUUGGAAUUUUGGUCAUCACCUUGCCAAGGAUUUCGUACUUGAUAGGACCAUCUAGUUCAGCGCCUAAUGCCAUUAAUUUCGUCACUGAUUGAUUAAUGUCAGUCACUGUGAAAGACAGAAGUGAAGAGUUUCCCAUUCCCUUCUGCAUUACAUGAUCACUGCAAACUUGAAUUAGCAAUUUAGCAUCU